GCCGGAGCAACCCUCCUCAGCCAUGAUUGGCAGCGCGGCAACCUCCCUCCUCGGCUGGUGCUUUCCCUCCGGCCGCCGCUGAACUGGAGGCGAGGAGGGGCUGGGAAUGCGGAGCUGGCAGCACGCACGGACCCGCUCCCACACACAGACCCGCACCUCGCGGCAGCCGCCCGGCUCCCCCCCUGCUGCUUCCGCCGCUUUCAUUUUGUAUUUUGCAUUUAAAUUUUAAUUUGUUUCCCCUCUCAUCCUUUGGGCUCUUCCCCGCCUUGCCCGCCCGCCCUCCCCGCGGCGCGGCGGUGCCUCCGCGGGCGCGCAGCGCGGGGCCAUGCCGGCGGGGCCGCCGCUGCUGCGGGGCUCCUUCCUCAUCCUCCUGAUCCUGCUCUUCCUCGGUGCCCCGGCCCGGGGAACCGUCUACACCAACCAUUUCUUGGUGGAGCUGCACGGCGGGGACCAGGCGGAGGCCGAGCGGGUGGCAGCGGAGCACGGCUUCGGCGGGGUGCGGAAGCUUCCUUUUUUAGACAGUGGAUACUUCUUUUAUCACAAUGGCAUUGCCAAGGCCAGAAGAAGACGCAGUCUUCAACACGAGAUUCAUCUGGAAAAGGAUUCCAGGGUCAGGAAAGCUGUGCAACAGGAAGGCUUCAGCAGAAGGAAACGAGGAUACAGGGACAUCAAUGACAUUGACAUCAACAUGAAUGAUCCUUUAUUUAUGAAGCAGUGGUACCUGAUUAACACUGGUCAAGCAGAUGGCACUCCUGGACUUGACCUUAACGUAGCUGAAGCAUGGGAGCUGGGAUACACAGGGAAAGGAGUAACCAUAGGAAUUAUGGAUGACGGAAUUGAUUAUCUGCACCCUGAUCUUGCGUCAAAUUAUAAUGCCAAAGCCAGCUAUGAUUUCAGCAGCAAUGAUCCCUACCCUUACCCCCGUUACACAGAUGACUGGUUUAACAGCCACGGGACAAGGUGUGCAGGAGAGGUGUCUGCUGCUGCCAACAACAACAUCUGCGGUGUGGGAGUUGCAUACAACUCCAAGGUGGCAGGUAUUCGAAUGCUUGACCAGCCAUUUAUGACAGACAUUAUUGAGGCUUCCUCUAUCAGUCAUAUGCCUCAAGUCAUAGACAUCUAUAGUGCCAGCUGGGGACCAACUGAUAAUGGAAAGACUGUGGAUGGACCUCGAGAGCUUACACUGCAAGCGAUGGCAGAUGGUGUGAACAAGGGUCGGGGUGGCAAAGGCAGCAUCUAUGUCUGGGCCUCUGGCGAUGGGGGCAGCUAUGAUGACUGUAACUGCGAUGGUUACGCUUCGAGCAUGUGGACAAUCUCCAUCAAUUCUGCUAUAAACGAUGGACGCACAGCUCUGUAUGAUGAAAGCUGCUCCUCAACCUUAGCCUCCACCUUCAGUAACGGCAGGAAGAGAAAUCCAGAAGCUGGCGUGGCUACAACAGAUUUGUAUGGCAACUGCACCCUGCGUCACUCAGGAACGUCUGCAGCUGCCCCUGAAGCAGCCGGAGUGUUUGCCUUGGCCCUGGAGGCUAACUUGGAUCUGACAUGGAGAGACAUGCAGCACCUGACAGUGCUCACGUCCAAGAGGAACCAGCUUCACGAUGAAGUUCAUCAAUGGCGGAGAAACGGCGUUGGGCUGGAGUUCAACCACUUGUUUGGCUAUGGUGUCCUAGAUGCAGGAGCAAUGGUUAAGAUGGCAAAAGACUGGAAGACUGUUCCUGAGAGAUUCCAUUGUGUUGGAGGGUCCAUACAGGAACCUGAAAAGAUACCACCAAGUGGCAAGCUGGUCCUCACGCUUAACACCGAUGCUUGUGAGGGGAAGGAAAACUUUGUCCGAUACCUUGAACACGUCCAAGCAGUGAUAACUGUGAAUUCCACCAGGCGAGGAGACCUCAACAUCAACAUGACCUCACCAAUGGGAACAAAGUCCAUUUUGCUGAGCCGGCGCCCCAGGGAUGAUGACUCCAAGGUAGGUUUUGACAAAUGGCCUUUCAUGACCACGCACACCUGGGGAGAAGACCCUCGAGGCACCUGGGUUCUGGAGAUCGGGUUUGUCGGCAGCCUGCCACAGCGAGGCAUGCUGAAGGAGUGGACACUGAUGCUGCAUGGGACUCAGAGUGCGCCGUACAUAGACCAAAUAGUAAAAGAUUACCAGUCCAAACUGGCCAUGUCCAAGAAGGAAGAGCUGGAAGAAGAAUUAGAUGAAGCAGUGGAGAGAAGCCUGAAGAGUAUACUGAGCAAGAACUAGUGCUGUUCUGCAUGACAGUGUCUUUCCUUCUCCAGCUCCCUCUACUCACCUUUCUACUAUCCAAACCUCUGUGUUAGGCAUAUUACAAUGAUCGUCUCUGUAGCCAAAUUAUCACACUUUCUGAGUUUAAGGUCUUAUAUCUUGUCAAUAAUUAUUUUAAUUACCACUGAAGCAAUCCUUUUUUUACUCUAAACCACAAAUACACUGUCCCCUGCUAAAUACUAUGUACAGUUUGUGACUGUAAAUGAUUUUUCUUUUGUGUCCAACAAAUAGUUAAUUACCUGCAAAGAAGUUGAUGGCUUUUCCCUUCAUAUUUUUGUGGUGAAUGUUGUUUAUAUUAAAAAAAGAGUGAAUUUUAACAUUGGCAGUUGGUGGUGAUGGGCACAUACAAAAAAACAUUGUGAGAGAGGGAAUCACAAUGAGGUUGGGCUGAAGAGGUCUUUGAAUGUCUAACAGCUCCUUCUGCAUCAGUGACUUCAGUGAAACUUGCCCCAUUGGGCUCAACCAAAGUAGCACUAGACCUUACAAAAAGAAAUAAUUCAGAGGUGGAGAAAAUUUGCCAACCCAGUUUGCAGCAGUCCAACUCUUUUGACAGUUUCCUUUGCUAUAUAGACUUAGGCAAGGUGCACGCCAGUGCUUUGGCCUUAGCGCCUUCAGCCACAGAAUAGGGCAACAAGCGCAAUAAGGGAGGCAAAGCCAUGCCAAAGACUGGUGACACAGGGAAGUGCUUUGCAAACAGGGUCAGGGCAUUCUAAAAGCACAAGUUUCAGGGUUUUGCUGGUUUAUUUUUAGUUAUUUGCCCUCUUACAGCAAAACAGGUGUGUAGGGAACAAGCUGUAGCAUUUCUGGAAACCUGUGUGCAGAAGUGCAUCUGCUGCACUCCAUACUGAGAUGUGCUACGACAGUGUAAGAUGAGGCUGUGUGACCAGGGUCGGGCAUCUCCAACUACAGACUACUGUUUCCUGAAGUUUACAACCUGGCUGUCAGUAAAUUGCCAUAGGAGAAUUUUGAAGUAGGAAGAUUUGUUGGCAAUCAUUGCUGAUUGCUGGUAAAGAGUCAGCCCCACCUUCACAUUUCAUACAUGAGUAAAGGUCAUCUUUCUUGCCCUCAGAGUCUGCUCUGACUUAUGCUGCAUGAUGUAACAUCCUUCUCAGCAGGAAUUACUCAUAGCAGCAACCACUACAUGUUCUCAGGUGUGAGAUCCCAAACCCAACCUUGGACUAACAAAGAGUCUUGUUUCUGCAGAUAUCUAGGCAUGCACUCACCUAAAGACCAUCAGUAGACCUACUCAAACACUAAUUUUAAGCAAGUGCUUUGGAUCUUUGCAGGAUCCAAGAUCUGCAUUUUAGCAGUGACAGGAUCCAGAAUUUUGUGAAGUAUUUUUUAAUGAGCAGAGUAUUAAUCUAAAAUGUUUUCAUAAGACUUGUUCUGGUUGCUUGGGUGCAUAGCACUAGAAGCACAUUCAGUUAAGUAAACUUUUGCCUGACAAAUUAAAAAUAUGACCUAAGGGUUGUAGAAUGGAUGCAGCUCACUUCAUGUAAAACCUGUGCUGUUACUUCUAGCAAAUAGCCAUUGUCUGUCUUGCCAUAAGAGGCCUGUUCUAUUUACAAAUCCCAAUGCAAAAAUAACAGCCCAACCUACUCCAAGGCCAUAUGAAUUACCAAGUCCAAGUAGCCUCGCACUACUCACCGGUUGCUCAUUGCUUGCAGCAGUCAAAUCACACUGGGAUGAAAUCCGUGUCGGCAGCAGAAGCAUCAGGCGCCUGUGAUUUCUGGUUUUGAAGUGCUCUUGAUUGCAUGCUCAGACACAUUACACAAACUUAUACUAACUGAUUUGCAGUGCCAACCAGCUUAACCCAAGGACAAACCAGAUCCUUUCAAAGCAGGAGCUGGAGUCAAUGAGCCAUGAGCCACAUCACACUAAAGCUACAAGGGUGGAGUGCUUGUGUCUUUGGUAGUGAAUGGAGCACACUGCCAACAACAGGGUUCCAUGGCAGGCACCCAGUUCUCAGGAGCAGUGUUAACAUACUAGAGAAGAAUUUACCCCACAUACAUAUAUAUAUCUCUAUAUCUAUGUAUAUCUCCAUGCAUACAAUGCACCUGUAGUAUCUCUUCCUGUGUGUGUAUAUAUAUUGCAUACAAUAUGUAUAUUCAGUUUGUUACAUAUAUUUGCUUUUCUAUGUAUAUAUAUAUGCAUACAUAGAAUUACAUAUGGUAUGUAAUGUAUAGUGCACAUAUGCACACCAUAUUUUUUUUGUGUGUGUGUGUAUUUAGAGGGAGAGGUCAUUGGAUGCCUCCAGAGGAUGUUGAAAGUCAGGGGGGAGGGCAGGAAAAAAGCUCUGGAAUCAGAGAAGGCCCUGUGGAAAUCUUAAAUGACCAUGUACAUGACUUUCCAUUGCAUUCAUGUAAUUCUGCAGUUCUCUGUUCAAUCAUUAAAUAUCUUCUAAAGCAGCAAAAUAACUAAAUGGCUGUUCCUAUUUUCACAAUGCUGACGUAAUUUAUCAAGUGAAAGUUCACAGUAAUAAGAGACUGAGGGCAGAAAUGGUGAGUUUUGAUAUGAGUCUAUAUAAAACUAAGUGUAUAUACAAGAUAGAGUUCUACUUCAUAUUCUUCAGGAUUUUUUUGCACCAGGGGAUUGCUGAGAAAUAUGUGCAGUUAGACUAAGUUUUUAUGGUACUGCUGAUGGAAAAUAAUUUGUUAGUGUUUAUAAUAAAGGGGGAAUGAAGCUCAUUAUUUGAAGCAGGUGAACACUGUUUAACUGAAGCCCUGUGAUGUUUUAUAAUAUGAGUACAAUAAAGAGCUGUUGUAAACUGG